AAAGAUGCCGUGAAUCAGAGCACAGGCUUGCUAGGAAACGUGAGAAUGGAAUGUACCAAAUUAAUUAGAGCUCGCCCGAGGAGCAAAGGGGAGGUGACCCAGCAGACGAUACAAAAGAUGCUGGAUGAAAACCACCAUCUGAUACAGUGCAUUAUGGAUUACCAAAGCAAGGGCAAAACAGCGGAAUGCACUCAAUAUCAGCAAAUACUGCACAGAAACCUGGUUUACCUUGCUACAAUAGCAGACUCCAAUCAGAACAUGCAGUCUCUGUUACCUGCACCUCCCACCCAGAAUAUGAACAUGGGCUCUGCAGGCAUCAGUCAGAGUGCAUCGAACCAGUCUCUCCAUUCCCAGAACAACCUGAAUGACAGCAUGGUGACUGGCCUCCCUCCCACCUCUCUCAUGCAAAACCAGAUGAGCAAUGGUCCGAACCAUGUGUCCAUGCAGCAGUCUGGACAGACGUCCCUCCCCACCACUUCCAUGAGCAUGCCGGUCAGCAGCCACGGCUCGGCCACGGGCUACAGCCACUCAGUGGCCUCGUCACAGAGCAUGCAGAUGCAAAGCCAGGGCCAGUCCAUGGGAAACUAUGGCUCCCGGACAAACCUCAACAUGCAGUCCAAUCAAGUCACAAUGAUGCACCAACAAGCCGCAACAUCCCAUUACACUUCAGCACAAGCCGGAAGCCAACACUACCAGGGGCAGCAGUCCAUCGGAAUACUGGGACAGGGUAACCAAGGCAACAACAUGAUGGCCCAGAGGCCCAUGGGAUCCUACCGACCCUCACAGCAAGGAUCCGCUGCGCAGUACUUAGGGCAGGAGGAGUUCUACGGAGGGCAGUAUGGACACAGUCAGAGCUCCAGCGAGCCCAUUAACCAGCAAUAUUACCCCGAUGGCCAUGCAGAAUAUGCAUACCAGCAGUCUUCAUACCCUGAGCAGAGCUAUGAGCGGACCUUCGAGGAGUCGUCCCAGCACUAUUACGAAGGAGGAAACUCUCAAUACAGCCAACAGCAAGCCUCUUACCAGCAGGGCUCCACCCAGCAGCAGCCGUUCACACAGCAGCAGUACCCCAGCCAGCAGAGCUACUCUGGACAGCAGCAGGGCUACGGCCCAGCUCAAGGAGCCUCCUCACAGUACUCGAGCUACCAGCAGGGACAGGGUCAGCAGUACAGCUCCUACCGAGCUUCCCAAACCGCACCCUCCGCACAGCAACAGAGACCUUACGCAUACGAGCAGGGCCAGUAUGGGAACUACCAGCAGUAGGAAGUAAAGCACUCCCCACUUCCCUGUCCAGCCUCUGAUGAACAGACCAACAGUUUCCUUUUUCUUCUUUCUUUGCUUUUGCUUUUUCUUUGAGUAUUCUGUGUCGAUCUGUCAGUUUGUAUGGUAGCCUGAAGCAGAUUCAUGAGCAUUUCUUCCUCAUUUCAUGUUGGAUAUUGUCCGGCCGGUCUCCGUUCAAAACAUGUAAAGGUGAAAACAAGUUCGAAGUCACUAAUCUUGCAGCUGUAAACUGACAGUGCUAAUUUGGAAAGGUGUCCCGGAAUUCAGCUUUAUAAUUUUGAUUAUCUGGAAGGGUUGACAGUGGUAAUAGGCUUUCGAAGAGUUAGGUGUCAGUUUGAUUAAUCUAUACCCUGCUGGGAUAAGUUACCACUGGAUUUGUUCGAAGUUUUAACAGCACUACUGAAUUAACCUGAAUUGCAUCAACCACCUAUUUGUAGGGCUGUCCCAGGUGAUUGAUAGUUGAUGCAAUCUGGGGUUAUUCCCCAGUACUGUAAAAUACUCCAAUAAAGUCCAGCUUUGGUUUAUCCUGGUGGGGUAAAGGUUGAUCAAACUGACCCAAUUAAUCAGUUUCUUCAGCAUCCAUCCUGGCAGUGACUCCUGCAGGGAGAGGUGGGUCUGGGGCUGUCACUCCAUGUUCACUUGUAGCUCAGAGGUUUCGUAGCUCAGCAGCACUUAACACUGUUAGUCAGUGAUAUUCUCCUCCUAAUGUAGAGCUAAGGGACAGUGACUUCAAAAUCCUGUGCUUUAAUUGGCAACGUUCUCCCAAACCAGGAUCCUGUACUUGAUACAACCUAGCGUGUGUCAAACCCCCUUGUGUGUACUCAUGAAUCUGCUGUGGACUGAGCACCGACUGAAAAGGCAGAUAUACUUCCCACUGAGCUCCUUGUUUGAUGUGUAUAGCCAGUGUGUACAUUUAUUCUGCUAUGAAAGACUUGAGUCCUUUUUUAACCAUUAGUUCAAUAAUAUAUUUACUUUAUUUAUUUGAGAAUGUAUAUUUUGGGAUACUAUAGUUCCACAUAUUUUAUUAUUAUUAUUAUUAUUAUUAUUAUUAUUAUUAUUAUUAUUAUUAUUAUUUAAUUUUUAGGUAACUUUAAGUUUUAUUUGCACUUGUACGCCAUACUAAAAUAAGAAAACAAAAUGUUGUGCCACACCAUAGUUAUCCAAUAUUUUUCAACCCCUGUGCAUCUUGAACACUGUAAUGCUAUAUGGCAAUAGUUAUAUUUUAUAAUACUCAGUGGGGUUUACUCUAGUGAUGUAAACAGCGCUGGAUCUUAAUAGUGCCUCACUGAAACUUCAUCUGCUUUAAUGCAGGCCUGUCCCCACUGUAUUUGAUUGCAUUUAUUGGCAGUAAAGCCUCUCAGCCCACUGGUGGACAGAGGGGAUCAAUAAAAAGCCUGUUGUGAAUAACUGUCAAUCUUGUAGGUAUGAGUAUGGGGCUGGGUGUCCGAUAUCUUUAUCCAAGGAGCUGUUUUUCUUCUACACAUUGCUGUAUUCAAUCUCACACUGUCGCUUAUACUGUUACCAGGGGGGUAUCCAAGUUAUUUUCUGAGCUGUGCUGCAGUCUAUAUUGGUUUAGAAGUACACAGGUACUGGUGUGACUGACUGAUAUAAUAUUUUUGUGUGAGAGGACUCAGGGUUGCAGACUGCACAGUGUGUCUCAGAAUUUUUUUUUAAAAAAAGCACAAAGAAACUAGCUUGACAAGCACCAGAUUCCUUAUGGAAAUCUCCUUUUCAAAGGGCGAUUUGCUGGUGGCUACUGUGAUGUGUUAAUAGUGUCCAAUGCUUGUGUCACACUGUUGAAUGUACAUGGUGGUUAUUCUGUUAACUUCUGUGUGAGAAACACUGGGUUACCCUACAUUUUUGUAUUCCCAGUUGACAGAAUUUUCAUACGCUUGUUGGAGCAUUAAAAAACAAUUGCUAUGAAGCUCUUAGGGAAAAGUGUUAGUUUUAUAUAAAGCACUUGAUUUUGUUUUGCUAGUAUUAAGCGUCAUAAUUGAUAAAUGAAUAGAGUUUGGAACAACAACAAACAAACAAAAAAUGCCUUUAGUUAUAUGCCUAAAUUUGUACAUUGUUUCUUUCGCUCGUUUACCGAAAAUACUGCUUACCCUGUUGACUGGGAUGUACACCAGCAGCAUUCUUCGGUAAUUUUCUCAAUGGCGUCCCAUUGAAGUUAAAAUCUUUAGUGUGUCAGUUAAGGUGCAAUAUAUUUUUUUUACUGUGAUUGUGUCUUUGUUUCUUUAUUUAUUAAUUCCACACUUGUACCGAUGUUGUAAUUCAGCUUUGGUUAAAGAGAAACAUUCUGAUGUGGAUGUGUGUUUGUGAAAAUCCAUGUAUGUAUGCUACAUGUUUAAGAAAAAAAAAACAGACAGAGGCCUCAUAGGGUGCAACUUCUAAAUGAGAUAACGGUAAACAGGGGCUGCUUAAUAUCUGUUGCUGUACUUGGCAGUCCUGUGGGCAGCUGUCCCAUGGGAGUGUUGGUUGCCCAUAGUGUAUAGGCCCUGUUACCUGCCCUGAGUGGGUCUGAAAGAAGACCUUUGACUGAGUUUGACUUCACUGCUUUCUCUGAUCUCCAGCACUACUGCCAUGCUCUUUAAUCUUUGCUGAACUGCCUGUGCCUGAUAACCCGUUUACCCAUCAUUAGAAAUCAAAGGCCAAGUUUGAGCCAAUGUCCUAUAGACACAUUCGCCUUAUUGUUACAACUCAUGGCAAGAUACUGUAUGAACUGUGUGUUUUUUUCAGAAAUCGCAAGGUAGCUAAACUACAGCAUGGAAACUGCUGAUUGUUUUACUAGAACAAAAUGCACAAUGCUGCUGACAUUGUAUUUACCACAAGAGAUAACAGCACAGUCCACCUGCAUUUUCAGGUUCCUUAAAGAGUUAGUCAGCUUGCUGUGUUUGGCUGUCAGACAGCUAUAUCAUUGUACACCCAGUACUGUGACAACAGUGGGAUUCUUUUAAUCAUGACUUGUUGCAAAAGCUGAUUUUUAGUUCCUAUAGUAAUGCUGUUUUAUGUUGAAAAGCUCUUUAUAAUGUAAAAAUUGUAAUCAUUGUAAACCAUUGGUAAGAGAGAGAACACUAUGAUUUGACCAUUGACCAGAUAUGAUUGUGUUUUAUCUACAUGUAAAUUGUACUGCAUUGCCUGUUAGUAAAAUGUUUUUUUUUUGUUGUUUUGUUUUGGUACUGUUUAAUAUUAAAAUAAUAAAAUCACCUUUCACCUUC